UUAAUUAAAACAUGUUUUCUUUCUUUUGUGCGAGCAGACUUUAGGCCGCACGCUGCUCCUCAUCCUCCUAUCUCCUCAGUCUUCUUCUUCUCCGCUUUUUUCCCCUUCUUCUGGACGCACCUGGAAAAGUUGAUCCAUUUCUCGGCAGCUGCCAGUCCUCUAUUGACAUCCCGGCGGACCCAAAGCCCCCCCAAGGAUUGGGGAUUUCUGCUUCCUGUUCUGCUCCUGCUGUAGGCGUUGUUGAUUCGGGUGAUGAGAGAUGGCCUUCUUGGCGUGCUUGUGCCGAUGUCCUCAGGACGAGGACGACGACGACAAGGAAGGGGAACAGUUCAGAAUCAAUCGCCAGGUGGCCUCAGUGGACUACUCAAAAUCUCCUGAAAGCUGCCCAUUGAAGACUGAGAGAGCGGUGCAUAUGGAAGGAGCCCAGCUAAUUGGUAGACAUGAUGAAGCAACAAUCUUCACGUUGCGUCAGCUUGCUGAGGCUACCAAAAAUUUCAGUGAGGACUAUCUUUUGGGGCGAGGAGGAUUUGGUUGUGUCUAUAAAGCAACUCUUAGUAAUGGACAGGUUGUUGCAGUCAAACAACUUGAUCUAAAUGGGUUCCAAGGGAACAGAGAAUUCCUUGUGGAGGUUCUCAUGCUCAACCUCCUGCAUCACCCUAAUCUAGUCAAUUUGCAUGGCUACUGUGUUGAUGGUGAUCAGCGCUUGCUUGUUUAUGAGUAUAUGCCAUUGGGAUCACUAGAAGACCAUCUACAUGAUCUUGCACCUGAUCAAGAACCUCUUGAUUGGAGAACACGGAUGAAGAUAGCUGCUGGUGCAGCGGCUGGUUUGGAAUACCUACAUGAUAAGGCAAAUCCUCCAGUUAUUUACCGAGACAUUAAACCAUCAAACAUUCUUCUUGGUGAAGGGUAUCAUGCAAAAUUGUCCGACUUUGGACUUGCUAAGCUUGGUCCUGUAGGUGAUAAGACUCAUGUGACAACACGUGUCAUGGGGACACAUGGUUAUUGUGCUCCUGAAUAUGCCUUAACUGGACAGCUGACAGUGAAGUCUGACAUCUAUAGUUUUGGCGUCGUUUUCCUUGAGCUAAUUACAGGCCGAAGACCACAAGACAGUGAUCGCCCUCCUGAGGAACAAGACUUAGUUGCAUGGGCUCGUCCAUUGUUCAAAGACCAAAAGAAGUUUCCCAAGAUGGCUGAUCCAUUGUUGCAGGGCCACUUCCCAAGGAGGGGUUUAUAUCAGGCACUGGCUAUUGCAGCAAUGUGUUUGCAGGAGAAAGCUAAAAACCGGCCUCCCAUUAGGGAAGUUGCCGCAGCUCUCUCUUACUUAGCAUCACAAACAUAUGACAGGAACAACACUGCUCCCCGCCGUAACCGUGCUGGGGCUUCAACAUCAAGAGUUCUGGACGAUCAGAUUGGCCAGGACACCACACUGGCUAAUCAACAAGGAGCUCAGAUGUCCAUGCAUGGCCAGACAAAUCACGUCAUGCCUGAAGUGAAGGAAACUUCCUGGAGUGGGAAUGGUUCACAUCGUGGAGGAAGGGGCAGAGUUACUCCAAAUGGCACUGAUAGGGAGCGUGCACUUGCAGAUGCCAAUGUAUGGGCCGAGGCUUGGAGGCGCCAGGAGAAGGCGAGCAAAAUGCGAUAGCGAUUCAGAGCCUGACUGUGACCUCUGCAUUAGUUUUGACAUGUCAUUGCAAAGAUGCUUAUUUUGCAUACAUUUUGAAAGAUAACUGUGGAUACAGAAGGAUUGUUAGAAGAUAAUGAGGAAUAAUGUGCAGCGGAAAUGUAGAGCUUCACCAGAGUGAGCGCUUCAAAGAUUUCACCGGUGGAAUCUACAGUACUCAGACUUGUUUCACUGCGUACAUGUAGUUUGCUUUAUAGACACAGACACUCCUCACUCCAUAGAUACAUGUAAUAGCUCCAUAAUAGGCACACGACCUUUCUGUAGUGGAAGUUCAGCGGUUUUGGAUACAUAACAUAGGAUCCGCUGUUGGCAUACAUGAAAUGGUAUGUGUUACCACUUACAACAUAUACAUUUUUAUGUCAUUCACGUUAAAAACUUCGGUGCUCUUUUUCGCCAGUGUUAUAUUCAGAUUUUGUACA